UGCCCUAGAAUUGAAUAAAUAUGGCUACUGACAGGACCGAUUCAUAUGAAUGGACCUGUGAAUCGGAAAUUGAACUUUUCCGAGGAUUAAUUAAGCACAAACCCGUUGGGGUAUUUCGCCACUUCCAAAUGAUGUGUUUGUGCAAUCAUCUGAAUUCAGUUCUUCGUGAACCAGUAACUCCUGAUGAUAUUUGGAAGAAACUGGAUACACUUUUCAAUAUGGAAGAACUGCAUGAAUCUGAAGGGAACCCUUUUCAAGGUAAAAUGCAAGAAUUUAGUCUACCGGAGGAGUUUGAUUCAUUGAAGGAAUUGCCGUUUCCCCGUGUUAUUCACCGAAGCGAUACAGCUACACGGAAAUCUUCACUUUUAGAUACUUCUAAUCGAAAACGAAUAAGAAAGUCGGUACGCUGGGCUAACAUUCUUACAACUUCAGAUGAUGUGGUUCAAACACCGAGUAAAUCAGCAGUCACUCCCGCUGUAGGUGUUGGCAGUUCACGCAAAAGGAGGCGCUGA